AUUGCUCGCUGAUCGAGAACGUCCGGCUCCAUUUUCAGGAGUUCGCUCGCCGAGUGAAAAAGUUCCGAUCGAAGUCGGGGGUGUUAUCCAGCUAGCGUUGAGAUACUUCGAUCGAGAUCGGAGAUGGCUCCGAGGGACAAGACUGACAUCAAGGCAAACGAAGUUCUGCAGGCCGUGGUCCUUGCGGAAACUUUCAGCCCAAAGUUCCAGCCUCUGACCGAAAUGAUGCCUUUCGCAUUGCUGCCGUUGUUGGGGAGGCCAUUGCUCGACUACAAUCUGGAUUUGCUGUAUUCCAAUGGAUUCCAAGAGGUUUACGUAUUCUGUCACAGUCGGAACGCCGACCGUGUCAAGGAGUUCGUCAGGACUUCCAAAUGGUCGUCGUUUCCGCCGACUCGGUUCGUGGUGAACGUGAUCUCCGCUGAGAACUACGUCGCUCCGGGCGACAUGAUCCGAGACCUCGACGGAAAGGCUUACAUCCGAGAGAAUUUCCUCCUUAUCGAAGCCGGAGUGAUAACAAACACGGACUUGAGACAGCUGAUGGAGGCUCACAAAAACAAUCAAGUAAUUUCCAACGACAAGAACCUCAUGACGAUCACCGUGAGGAAAAUGGCGCCGGAUCACCUCACCAGGUCUCCUGAUGAGCACUUCGCUCUAGUACUCGACCCCUCUUGUAAAAUUCUCUAUGCACAUUUCAACGAGCAUCUCAACAAAAAUAUGAGCAUCCCUCUAAAGGUGAGCCUCGCAAACGGACGUGUGUCUAUACGAGCAGAUUUGGCGCAGACCAAAUUGGUGUUCUGCAGUAAGCACGUGCCGGCCAUAUUUUCCGACAACUUCGAUUAUCAACACACGAACGAUUUCGUCAAAGGCAUAAUUGAGCAUGAGGAUAUCAUGGGAAACUCCAUAUACAUUCAUGAAGUGACAGAGUCGUACGCUGCUUGUAUCACAAAUAUGACGCUGUACAGCAGAAUAGCCAUCGACGUCGCCAAAAGAUGGACCUAUCCGUACACAAUAGACAUGUACAUCCGGGAUUGCCAUCCGCAGCGCGGGGGGUAUUACGUAUCGUCAGCCGGCCGGAUCCACCCUUCGGCCCAUGUGGGUCAGUUUUCGGUGGUCCUCGGUCAGGUGGCCGACGGCGCUCGAAUCACAAAGUCUUUUGUGGGGGAAGGCUCAUCAGUUGGAAAAAACGUCUGCUUGGACGAAGUCACCCUGGGCAAGAAUGUCAGGAUCGAGGAAGGAUGCAAGUUGACCAAAUGUUUCGUUGCGGACGACUGCGUAGUUUUCAAAGAUUCCACUCUCUUGGCUGGCUGUAUCCUCAGUCCCGGUGUCAAAGUCGGGCCCAACGUCGAUCUCAAGCAGCUACGUCUGCAGAGUGUACCUCUGGAGGACGGUCUCAGCGGCGAUGUUGUCGACGGUGUGCCGGACGCUGCGAAGUUUGGGAAGAGCUGUCUCGCGUUCGAAUACACAGAGGACGAAGACUCUGACGGGGACAGCGACGAGAGCGACGAUUUGGUUCUCAUCGAAGAGAGGUGGGGAACCGAAGACGGAAAGCUGAGUGACGGCUUCUGUUCUCAGGAAGAGGACAAUGACGAUGACGAAGACGACAACGACGAUGACGUACUCGACGGGGGUGAGUCACCGCUCUUGAGCCUGGACGACACGGACCUGUUCUUCAAGGAGGUUGUGGAGAGCCUCCAGCGAGGAAUCGAGGAGAACAUCAAACCCGCGAAUCUCAUCCUGGAGAUAAACUCUUCGAAACACGCGUACAAUGUCACAAUAACGGACGUGAUCGAGCUGACGACCCGAGCUCUGCUGACCAUUUGCGUUGGGGAAAAGAAGACCGGGGCGCAGUUCAUGGCCGUAUUCAGGAAGGGCUCCACGCAAAUCUACGGUAUCCUGAAAAACUACAUGAAAAAAGAAGAUUCCCAGAGGGUUUGCGUGGAAGAAAUCGGUCGAUUCUACACGAGCUUGAGAGCGAACUGCGACGAGUCUCUCAUAAAAACCAUCCAGAAUGUCCUCAACUUCCUCUAUCAGCGCGACGUGAUCAGCGAGGACGUUGUCCUGGAGUGGUUCGAAGAUUACGAGGAUAAAGAAACCGCUGCGCAUCUCAAACAAUUCAUCGAGUGGUUGCAGCAAGACAGUAGUGAAGAGGGAGAUACGGACGAUUCGUCCGAGAAUGACGAUGGUGACGAGGAAAGCAAUUGAGAUUAUGUUCUGUUUCUGUAAAUAGUCGUUGUUGUUCAUAUGUGGAGCCGAUGCGCUAUGAUAAAAGGAAAUAAUAAGA